UGAGUGAUACAACUGGUACAUGAUCUGAUAAUCUUAAUUUCUAAUAUAUUUUUUAUAUUUUCAACUUUUUAAUAGUUCAAUGAAUUCAAUUAUAAAGAAUUCAAAGCAACCAAUUGUAGAAUUUUUUUAUGAUUUACAAUGUCCGUGGGCAUAUAUUGCUUCCAAACGAAUUGAACAAAUAACUAAAAGAACAAAUGCUAAAGUUAUUUGGACACCUGUUCUUUUAGGAGAAAUUUAUAAAGCAAUUAAAGCUCCUCAGGGUAAAGCAGGAAGCGCAACAGAUGUAAUGCCACUACCAAAAAGACAAUACAUAACAAAAGAUUUGUUGCGUACAGUACAAAGAUACAACAUAGAAUUAAAUUUUCAUCCUCGUCAUCCAAUCCAAACUAUAUAUGCUUUGAGACUUCUCCAUGCUACGCCACAAUCUUAUCGCGCAGCAUUAACUCGCGCAUUUUAUCGAUUAUACUGGGUUGACAAUGCUGAUAUUUCUGAUCUUUCCCUUUUAUUAAAUACUGCGCAAUCACUUAAAAUUCCAUAUGAUGAACCACUUGAUUCAUCUAUAUUCUCCAAUAAAAAAUAUCAAAAUUCGCUUAGUUCUUCCACAGCAAGAGCAGUCGAAUAUGGCUCACCGGGAGUACCUAGCUUUUGGUUGGAACAAUAUCCAGGAGGUGGAAGAUUAUAUUGGGGACAAGAUAGAUUACAUUUCGUUGAAGCGGCAUUAACAUCCAUUUCAACAGGUGUAUCUAUAGAACAAAUGGAUUUAUUAAAGUUUUAUCCGAGAUGUUCUGUCGAGAAAAAAUUUAACGGCAAUAAUAAAAAAGUGAAAACGUUGAAAUUUUGGUUUGAUUUUUCUUCGCAAUAUUCUUAUAUUGCGUAUACUCAAUUGAGCUGGAUCAAAAAACAAGCUAAAUGUGAAGUUAAUAUUGAAUAUAUGCCAUUCCUUCUUGGAUUUGUGUUUGAUAGAAUUGGAACUCCACAAACACCACUUUUGAAAUUAAAUGAAACUAGAAAAGCAUAUGAUAUUAGAGAUAUGUAUGAAUGGGUACAGUUUUGGAACCAAGUCGGUGAUAAAUUUAAGUUUUAUUAUCCUGAUGUGUUUCCAAUCCGUAGUGUAAAUAUUUCGAGAAUAUUUUUGUUGGAACCUAAAACUCUUGAGUGUAUUUUUAAAGCAUGUUGGGUCGAUAACAUUCCAAUUGGAACCUCAAAUGACCUUCUUAUAGAAACUCUUAACAAAUCUGGAUUCGAUGGUAAUGCUUUAUUCCAAGCUACCCAACAAAAUGUUAAUAAUGUUAAAGACAAAUUAAGAGAGAAUACUGACCGAGCUAUUAAAUUGGGUAUGUUUGGAGCACCGGUGUUUCAAGUGGAUGAUGGGGAAUUGGUUUGGGGACAAGAUAGAAUAAAUGUUGUAUUAGAUUUAUUGGAUGGUUGGACAUGGCAGAGUAAAGACAUUGAAACUUCCGUUCACUAGUUUUAAUUACAUAUCCUUGUCUUCUUUUUUCUCCUUUGUUUGAAACUUUGAAACAUGCAAGGGACUGAAUAGCUGAUAACAAUUAUUUAAUUUUCUCUUACUAUUUCUUUUAAAUAAAUUCUUAUAAUAUUUAAAUCUUUAUUUCUAUUUGUAAUCUUUUAUCUAU